CAGCCGUUGCGGGCCGGCCCGCGGGGCUGGGGCUGAGGCCGAGCCGAGCCGGGCCCGCGCACGCCGGGGCCCACCAUGCGGCGGCUGCGGCGCCUGGCGCACCUGGUGCUCUUCUGUCCCUUCUCCAAGGGCCUGCAGGGCCGGCUCCCGGGCCUCAGGGUCAAGUACGUCUUCCUGGUCUGGCUGGGCAUCUUCGUGGGCAGCUGGAUGGUGUAUGUGCACUACUCAUCCUACGCGGAGCUCUGCCGUGGGCGUGUGUGUCAGGUGGUCAUCUGUGACCAGUACCACAAGGGCAUCAUCUCUGGCUCCAUCUGCCAGGACCUGUGCAACCUGCACAAGGUGGAGUGGAGGACGUGCCUGUCGUCUGUCCCGGGCCAGCAGGACCCCUGUGGCCCCAUCCAGGUGUACAGCGGGCUGUGGCAGGGCAAGGAGGUGACCAUUAAGUGUGGCAUCGAGGAGGGCCUGGACCCCAAGGCCAGGUCAGACCCGGCCCCCCGGCAGGAGCUGGUGCUGUUCGACAAGCCCACUCGGGGCACCUCGAUUAAGGAGUUCCGAGAGAUGACCCUCAGCUUCCUCAAGGCGACCCUGGGAGACCUGCCGUCCCUGCCUGCACUGGUCGGCCAGGUGCUGCUCAUGGCCGACUUCAACAAGGACAGCCGUGUGUCCCUGGCCGAGGCCAAGUCGGUGUGGGCCCUGCUGCAGCGGAACGAGUUCCUGCUACUACUGUCCCUCCAGGAGGAGCACGCAUCCAGGCUGCUGGGUUCCUGUGGGGACCUCUAUGUCACCGAGGGGGUACCACAUGGCUCCUGGCAUGGGGCCGCCCUGCCGCCCCUGCUGCACACGCUGCUGCCACCUGCCCUGCACUCAGCCCUGCAGCGGUGGCUGGGGCCCGCGUGGCCAUGGAGGGCCAAAGUCGCCAUCGGCCUGCUGGAGUUCGUGGAGGAGCUCUUCCACGGCGCCUACGGGACCUUCUACAUGUGCGAGACCACACUGGCCAACGUGGGCUAUACGGCCCAGUAUGACUUCAGGAUGGCUGACCUGCAGCAGGUGGCCCCUGAGGCGGCCGUGCGCCGCUUCCUGCAGGGCCGCCGCUGUGAGCACAGCAGGGACUGCACUUACGGCCGGGACUGCCGGGCCCCCUGCGACAAGCUCAUGAGACAGUGCAAGGACGACCUCAUCCAGCCCAACCUGGCCAAGGUUUGUGAGCUGCUGCGGGACUACCUGCUGCCCGGCGCCCCUGCCGACCUGCGCCAGGAGCUGGGCAAGCAGCUGCGCACCUGCACCACGCUCAGCGGGCUGGCCAGCCAGGUGGAGGCGCACCACUCUCUGGUGCUGAGCCACCUGAAGACCUUGCUCUGGAAAGAGAUCUCCAACACCAAGUACUCCUGAUGGAUGAGGACCCCCACCCCUGGGGCCGCCUGCUCCAACCCCAAGUACUCCUGAUGGAUGAGGACCCACACCCUGCUCCAACCUCAAGUACUCCUGAUGGACAAGCGCCCCCAUCCUGCUCCUCUCCCUCCCAGGGGGCUGCCUGGGCCCUGGAGAGCCACCCGAAGACCUUGCUCUGGAAAGAGAUCUCCAACACCAAGUACUCCUGAUGGAUGAGGACCCCCACCCCUGGGGCCGCCUGCUCCAACCCCAAGUACUCCUGAUGGAUGAGGACCCACACCCUGCUCCAACCUCAAGUACUCCUGAUGGACAAGCGCCCCCAUCCUGCUCCUCUCCCUCCCAGGGGGCUGCCUGGGCCCUGGAGAGCCACCCUUGCUCUUGGUGCCCCCGUCUUCACUCUGCCUUCCAGCCAAGGACAGGAACACAGGAGCUGGAGGCCUGGCCUGCUCCAGCAUCCCGAGGCAGUUCCUGUGACCCUCCUGCAACAAGCCAGGGAAGCCCUGUGUAGUCCCCCCUCACCCUCGUUCCCCAGCUUCAGAUGCCAAGAACCCUGACAGAGGGCCUGCAGAGCUGGACCAGGAGAGGCUAGAAGGGGAUAGGGGGCAGGAGGGAGCACGUGGAGCCUGACCAAAGGGCUGGCUGAAGGGCUCCCCCUGGGCUUUGUUACUUUGAAGAACCUGACAUGUAAAUAAACAGCUGUUCUGAGGCUGGAGUUCUCUCA